GCGCUGUCGUUGUCUAUAAAAAGGGGCCGCCGCUUAUUGGCCGACGCAUUUCAAAGCGAAAUCUCGAAAAAGGAACUUUACUAGCGUGUGACUCUUCAGAGUUGUUUGUUGAAGAUAAUAAUUAUUGUGUUUUAUUAAGAAAAAUUCUAGUGACUAGGACAAAAUGCAGAUCUUUGUGAAGACGUUGACGGGUAAAACCAUCACCUUAGAAGUUGAGCCUUCAGAUACUAUUGAGAACGUGAAAGCCAAGAUUCAGGACAAAGAGGGUAUCCCCCCAGAUCAGCAGCGUCUCAUCUUCGCUGGUAAGCAGCUGGAAGACGGCCGCACACUCUCUGACUACAACAUCCAGAAAGAAUCUACCCUCCACUUGGUACUACGUCUGCGCGGCGGUAUGCAGAUCUUUGUAAAGACUCUGACUGGCAAAACCAUCACCCUUGAGGUUGAGCCUUCGGAUACUAUUGAGAAUGUUAAAGCCAAGAUCCAAGAUAAGGAAGGUAUCCCGCCAGACCAGCAGAGACUGAUCUUUGCAGGCAAGCAGUUGGAAGAUGGCCGCACCCUCUCAGAUUACAACAUCCAGAAAGAAUCCACUCUCCACUUGGUACUUCGUCUCCGUGGUGGUAUGCAGAUUUUUGUGAAGACCUUGACCGGUAAAACAAUCACUCUUGAAGUUGAGCCUUCAGACACAAUAGAAAAUGUUAAGGCUAAAAUUCAAGACAAAGAGGGUAUUCCCCCAGACCAGCAACGUCUCAUUUUCGCUGGUAAACAAUUGGAAGAUGGCCGCACGCUGUCAGACUACAAUAUCCAGAAGGAAUCCACCUUGCAUUUAGUUCUGCGUCUUCGUGGUGGUAUGCAGAUCUUUGUAAAGACCCUGACUGGCAAGACCAUCACCCUUGAAGUGGAGCCUUCAGAUACAAUUGAGAAUGUCAAGGCUAAAAUUCAAGACAAAGAGGGUAUCCCCCCAGACCAGCAGAGGUUGAUCUUUGCAGGCAAGCAGCUCGAGGAUGGACGCACCCUAUCUGACUACAACAUCCAGAAGGAAUCCACCCUCCACUUAGUACUGCGUCUUCGUGGUGGUAUGCAGAUCUUUGUAAAGACCCUGACUGGCAAGACUAUCACCUUAGAAGUUGAGCCUUCGGAUACAAUUGAAAACGUAAAAGCCAAAAUUCAAGACAAGGAAGGCAUUCCCCCAGACCAGCAACGUCUUAUCUUCGCCGGUAAACAAUUGGAAGAUGGCCGCACUCUCUCCGACUACAAUAUCCAGAAAGAAUCUACCCUCCACUUAGUACUGCGUCUGCGUGGUGGUAUGCAGAUCUUUGUCAAGACCCUGACUGGCAAGACUAUCACCUUAGAAGUUGAGCCUUCGGAUACAAUUGAAAACGUAAAAGCCAAAAUCCAAGACAAGGAAGGCAUUCCCCCAGACCAGCAACGUCUCAUCUUCGCUGGUAAACAAUUGGAAGAUGGCCGCACUCUCUCCGACUACAAUAUUCAGAAAGAAUCCACCCUCCACUUAGUACUGCGUCUCCGUGGUGGUAUGCAGAUCUUUGUCAAGACCCUGACUGGCAAGACCAUCACACUUGAAGUUGAGCCUUCAGAUACUAUUGAGAAUGUUAAAGCCAAGAUCCAGGAUAAGGAAGGUAUCCCCCCAGACCAGCAGAGGUUGAUCUUUGCAGGCAAGCAGCUUGAGGAUGGACGCACCCUAUCCGACUACAACAUCCAGAAGGAAUCCACCUUGCAUUUAGUUCUGCGUCUGCGUGGUGGUAUGCAGAUCUUUGUCAAGACCCUGACUGGCAAAACUAUCACCUUAGAGGUUGAGCCUUCGGAUACAAUUGAAAACGUAAAAGCCAAAAUUCAAGACAAGGAAGGCAUUCCCCCAGACCAGCAACGUCUUAUCUUCGCCGGUAAACAAUUGGAAGAUGGCCGCACUCUCUCCGACUACAAUAUCCAGAAAGAAUCUACCCUCCACUUAGUACUGCGUCUGCGUGGUGGUAUGCAGAUCUUUGUCAAGACCCUGACUGGCAAGACUAUCACCUUAGAAGUUGAGCCUUCGGAUACAAUUGAAAACGUAAAAGCCAAAAUCCAAGACAAGGAAGGCAUUCCCCCAGACCAGCAACGUCUCAUCUUCGCUGGUAAACAAUUGGAAGAUGGCCGCACUCUCUCCGACUACAAUAUUCAGAAAGAAUCCACCCUCCACUUAGUACUGCGUCUCCGUGGUGGUAUGCAGAUCUUUGUCAAGACCCUGACUGGCAAGACCAUCACACUUGAAGUUGAGCCUUCAGAUACUAUUGAGAAUGUUAAAGCCAAGAUCCAGGAUAAGGAAGGUAUCCCCCCAGACCAGCAGAGGUUGAUCUUUGCAGGCAAGCAGCUUGAGGAUGGACGCACCCUAUCCGACUACAACAUCCAGAAGGAAUCCACCUUGCAUUUAGUUCUGCGUCUGCGUGGUGGUAUGCAGAUCUUUGUCAAGACCCUGACUGGCAAAACUAUCACCUUAGAGGUUGAGCCUUCAGACACUAUCGAAAAUGUAAAGGCCAAGAUCCAGGAUAAGGAAGGUAUCCCCCCAGAUCAGCAACGUCUCAUCUUCGCUGGUAAACAAUUGGAAGAUGGCCGCACGCUCUCCGACUACAAUAUCCAAAAGGAGUCCACCCUUCAUCUUGUACUUAGAUUGAGAGGUGGCAUGUAAUAACCGACACUGCCUGUUCACUGUUCAUUCCAAAUUAAUAUAACUUAACUUGUUUAACAGGUGAAAUAAAGCUUUGUCAUUGACUGAA